AUGGCGAGUGGGAGCAAUGUAGACGCGGCGGUUAGCUCUUUUAUGAGCGAAAUCCGCGAAGUCGAGAAGCGCGAUUCCGUUCUUACCAAAGAGCAGCAAAUAAAGCGGCUGACGAAGCCUGGCUCUAAGUACGGCAAUCUGAACCCGUACGCGGUACUGAUGAUCAGUUACGAUGUUGACCUUGACGCGGCCCGAAAGCAGUUCCGCAAGCUGUCUAUUCUCACCCAUCCUGAUAAAAACCCAGAGCAAAAGGAACUGGCGCAACGCGCCUUCGACGCAGUCAAGGCCGCCUGGGAAACCCUUUCGGAUCCCGAGAAGCGUGAAACCUGCGAAAACGUGGUCAAAAACGCGAAACGAACGCUCGAUGACGAAAUCGCUGCUAAGCGCAAAGAUAUGCGUCAAAAAGGAAAAGCAGUUAUUAUCCCCGAAGAUGAUCCCAACGUUUAUAAGCAGGAACUUCACAAGAAAACAGUCAAGCUAUUUGCCGAUUUGGAGCGUCUAAAGCACGAAAUUGCGAAUAGAGAGUCUGAAAUGAGAAACAGAGCCGCCGAAGUCGAAAGAGCAGAAGAAAACGAACUGAAGAAAGCUCAAGAAUUCAAACGCAACUUUGAGUCGACCAGGCAAAAGCGAACUGACAGCUGGAACUCCUUCCAAAAAGACAAAAAGAAGAAAUCGAAGAGCAUGCGUGGAACUUUUAAACCGCCUAAACAAAAAAUUGAAAAACGCUAA